AUGGCAAGGUUUGUGCGUCCUAAGAAUGAUGGUGAAUUGAGUCCAAACCUCUAUGUUGCAAACUGUGGCCCAGCUGUGGGACUUUCCCAUGAUGCUAUCGCAUCUGUGUUUAGUGAAUUUGGGGAUGUAAAGGGAGUUUAUGCAGCAGAUGAGAGUGGUACCCGUGUCAUUGUAUCUUUUUCUGAAGAAAGGUCUGCCCAAGCUGCCUUAAGGGUGUUAAAUGGAAUUCCGUGUUCCAAACUCAGAGGCCGAUCUUUACAUAUUCGUUACUCGAUGCUUCAGCCUAUUUCACAGAGUCAGGUAAAUAACUUGGUUCCUGUGUCUAUCACAGCCUCAGAUCUUAGCAUUCCAGGCCUUUACCUUGUGCAUGACUUCAUUAGUACUAAAGAAGAGAAGGCAUUGCUCCAAGAAGUUGACUGCAGACCUUGGAAUCAUCUUUCCAAAAGAAGGGUUCAACACUAUGGUUAUGAGUUUUGUUAUGAUACAAGGAAUGUUAAUACAAAGCACCGCUUGGGUGAACUUCCAUCAUUUGUUUUCCCCAUACUCGAAAGGAUCUCAUUAUUCCCAACUCUCAGGAAUUCUGAAAAUGUAGUUUUGGACCAACUUACGGUAAACGAGUACCCUUCUGGUGUGGGCUUGUCCCCUCAUAUAGACACCCAUUCUGCAUUUGAAGAUUUAAUUUUCAGCCUUUCAUUAGCUGGGCCUUGUAUAAUGGAGUUCAGGAGAUACGCAAAUGGUGAUUGGGUUCCUAGAGUUGCCUCAGGUACUGUCACAAAAGUGGAAAGUCCAGAGGAUGAUCUAAAUUUUAUUCAGAAGGCUAUCUAUCUUCCCCCCCGAUCUAUGCUACUGAUGUCUGGAGAAGCGCGAUAUGCAUGGCACCAUUACAUUCCUCACCACAAGAUUGACAAGGUGAAUGAAAGAGUUAUCAGAAGAGCUUCAAGAAGGGUAUCUCUUACUUUUCGAAAGGUCAGAACAGGUGCUUGCAAUUGCGAAUUUCCUCAAUGUUGUGACUCUCAAAGAUAGGAAGGUUGGCUUUUACCAAAUUUGGCGAGGAAUUGACAAGUUGGGCAUCGUUUUUGUCGGGCCAGAAGGUAAUCAUCUUCCUGAUUGAUUUUGUUUGUCAUGCAUAUCAGAUAGACUGCAGCACUGAGAAGAUUGAAGAUCAUCAUGCUUUUCUUUUUUCCAAAUUGGCCUGGAAGAUUAUGAUGCAUCAGCCUUUUAUUUUAUAUUAUUUUUUACGACUUAUGUGGAGUUGUUUAUUUACUAGA